UGGAAAUCUUCAUCUCCUUCUGUCAGCUCCUACAGCCAGACCAUGAAUGCCUUCUUGCUCCUCAGCCUCUCAGCUUUGGUCUGCUGGGCUUCAGCUGACAUUCGCUGUCACUCCUGCAACAAGUUCCCUGUGGUUGGCUGUGUGGAUCGAAAAUCCUGUCUCCUGGAUCCAGGACAUCAGUGUUUGACCACAGAUGUCUACCUAGGUAAGAUGUGGCUUUACUCCAAAUUUCGGUGUGGUUCAGCUACAGAACCCUGUAUACCAGGCAUCAACAGGACCAAUGAGUUAACCUACAACACCACUUGCUGCAGAAGAGAUUCCUGCAAUAGCUUUGCACCCCGCCCUUCUCCAAUCCUGAGCCUCAGCCUCCUCACCCCUUUUGCUGGUCUUGGCUUCUGGCUUCUACACUGA